AGCUAUUAAAAUGUUGUUUAUGUUCUCUGUUUAAUGCAUUUACGUAAUGUUAUGGUGAUUUCUCAGUUUCUGUAAACCCCUGGCGGUCAUUUUACAACAAUGUAUGGUAUGUUUGUACUGUUAUGUAUUCUGUAUGUCAAUAAAGAUCAAUUUAAAAAAAAGAAGAAGAAGACGUCACCUGCUAAUAAACAACAGAAGAAGAGUAGGCGGACUUUGCUUCGCUUCCUUUCAAGGUUAUGGCGGUAUUACUCCGUUUCUGUGGGCUUAGAGACUAGAUUUGGAUUGAUGUCAUUGAAGGGAAUCAAUAUGAUAGCAAAACUUAAUAGAAAAGCGGCGCAUGGUGGAUAAAAUGUUAAUAACUCUGUGUUACGUCUAUAUGUGGGUCCGUUUUCACAAGUGUUACUCGGUGCUGAUCCGCAACAGUCUGUCCAGGCUGAGAAGCAGGAAGAACAGCCUCUGUCUCACCUUCUGUUCCGGCUCCAGCUCGGGCUCUGCGCCCCCUACAGCACCGCCCCCAGGACUCCACACAGCCGCUCCACAUUCCCAGCAGCUGUUUCCUCCCGAGGAUAAUGUUUUCCUCCAGCUCGGAGACAAGGCCGUCUAUGUCACGGAGGCUCAGGAGUGUGAUGACCUCAGCCAAUGGACUGUUCUUGGAUCCUCUUUAGUUGAUGCUCAACAAAUAGAUAAUAUUUCAUUCAUAAUAGAAGCUGCAGAGAACCAAGUAGGAUAUCCUCCUGCAACAAAUAAGCAAGUGCUGAAGUGGUCUGAUUACUGUUUCCCCCUGGCCUUCAGCCCGGACCAGCCAUUCAGGGCGGUGGCACAGACUAGUCUAGAUAACUUCAGCCGUCUUGGGGUCGCUUUUAUCGAAGAUCGCCUUCAACUGGACAGUGGACUGGUGCCUUCAAAGAUAAUCCCUGUUUUGCUCCAAGAAAGCACUCUCAGUAAGGUGUUGGAACGGCAGUGUCUUGAGAGGCCACAACCUGUGGAGGCGCUCUUACUUUCGUCCACUACUCCUGAGGAGGGCCUCUCCGAGUCAUUCUCUCAGCUGUUGCCUGCUGACCAACAGAAUCUGCACUUCCGAAAAGGUAGUCUCCUGCUACCCCCUGAGGUGAAGAAGAGGCUGCAGGAGCGGCGGGGAUCAGAGCCUCUGCCCAACUCUCAAACUGUUCAUUUGGAAUCCCAUCAUCACCACAUGGAGGGCUAUGGACACCACCUUCAUCUCUCCAGCUGCCAUGAAUGCUUAGAACUGGAGAACAGCACCAUCCUCUCUGUGAAAUAUGCCUCAGCUGAGAACAUUCCAGAUCUACCUGAUGACACCUCUGUGGGGCUGGAUAGUGUGGACGGGUGUCUGGCUGAACUAGAACAUGAUUCUACUGGGUUUUUUGGAAAAGCGCCAAACAUUCUUGUGUACACAGGUGGAUGUGAGGAACGUUUCCAAGCAAUUCAUCAUCUUUUGUUAGACUGCAUAAAUGUGGAAAACAACACUAUUUAUCCCCUCCUGCAAGAACAAGCGCUAAGUGACCCAUGGCUGGACAACACCAGGCUCCUGGUUUUGGCGGAAGAGGAAUCCUUGACUGCUGAGCUUCAGACUCGCUUUCUUACUUACUUAAGCAAGGGUGGGAAGGUGCUAGGGCUGGGUUCCGCUUUGUGCCCGGCAGGUCUCCAUCUGGAAGUUAAGGAAGGACAAUGCCUCCAGUGUAGGAAGUUGAUCUUCACCAGAGAAGACAGCACAGAGCUGGAAGCAACCAUUCUGACAAGUGGAAAGGUCUACAUUCGGGAUCCUCAGGGAGGAGGGGAAGUGGAGCUCUGGGGGGAGCUGAGAAGUGACGUCGCCAACCAGAGAGAAAUGGUUAUUGUCAGGCUAACUCAUGGAGCCGACGGCGGGGAAGCUGUCUUCUGUCAGGUUCAUUUUGACAUUACAUCCUACUCAAAGAAAAUGGAUUCAAAAGAUUUUGAUGAACUGAAGGUCAGCAAUGCACUGCGAUAUGACAUUUUGACAGAAGUCCUUAAUUCCUUGGGAGUCAGCUGUGAACCAAGCCAGACUCCUGCCCCAAGUCCUAUCUACCUGCUGGCCACCUCCCAGGAUGCCAAGGAAAGUUUUCUGAAGUUCCUGCACACACGGGCGGAUGAAGAUGCUAUUGUUCGAUUCUCCAAAGCUUCCUUCAGGGUGGCGUCCAGCCCUGAACCACAUGAAGGUCCCUCGGACUGUCUGUCUUUGGUCACAGAAUCCCAAGAGAUGACCCAAUUUGUUAUGGAGACUUACUGCACAAAUCUGAAGACCAAACAUCUGGGAAACACCCUGCUGUAUGCUGAGGUUACCACUUCUACCAUGAACCUGCUGGAAGGGAUAAUGCUGCACUUACCAAAGAACACUGGUUUGGUAGCAGUAGCUGCUCGACAAACACAAGGAAGAGGCCGAGGCAGAAAUGCUUGGCUCAGCCCACUAGGCUGUGCAAUGUUCACAGUUGGGGUCCAAGUUGAGCUGAACUCCAAGCUUGGUCAAAGAAUUCCUUUCCUGCAACAUUUGGCUGCUUUAGCCAUCGUGGAAGCUGUUCGCACACUUCCUGGAUAUCAGGAAAUAGACCUGAGGGUGAAGUGGCCCAAUGAUAUCUACUACAGUAACCUGAUGAAGCUUGGAGGAGUUCUGGUAACAUCGACUUUUGUAGGAUCAACUUUUCAUCUGCUUAUAGGAUGUGGCUUUAAUGUGACAAACAGCAACCCCACAGUAUGUAUUAAUGACCUGAUCCAGCAGUACAACACUCAGAACGACUGCAGCCUGGAGCCCCUCAGCUGCUCUCAAGUCAUCGCUCUCACUAUGAACUGCCUCGAAACGCUCAUCACCAGUUUCCAGCAAAGAGGCCCAGACGCUGUUCUGCCUACUUACUAUAAAAGAUGGCUUCACAGUGGGACUCAGGUCCGUCUGUGGAGCGAGGAAGGACCAGAAGCGCAGGUGGUUGGUCUGGAUGACAACGGCUUUCUGCAAGUGUGCAGUAAAGAGGAAGGAGUGGUCUCUGUGGAGCCUGAUGGAAACUCGUUUGACAUGUUGAAGAACCUUGUGGUCAUGAAGCAGCGCUAGGAUAAGCUGCUUUUAUUCCUAAUAACGUUCUACUCACUGAAGCAACACCAUCAUUCAGUGUGAAAGAGAAGGUUUGUUUGAGUAAUAUUUGAAAGCCAACAGGUUUUUUUUAGACAUCUGACAAAAUCCAUAUAUGCUCCAGUUAUAUAAUGAAUUUGCUAAACCUUAUUACAUUUGCUUCCUGUUUGGAAGGACUACUUUGUAAACUGUUUUUGUUUUAUGAGUGACCAAAAAUAGUUGAACCAUAACCUGAACUUUCUUAUGGAUAACUGGUGGUGUAUAUAUAUUUUUUUUGUAUUUCAUCAGCUGAAACCUGCAGAAAGAAAUUGGCUUCAACUGACACUGAGCAUUGUCCAAAAAGUUGGUUUUUGAGCAACCUAGUGUUUGAGAACCACAAACACUUCCAGGUUGGGGGGAGGGUAGGUCAUCAAAUUGGAUGUCAUUUUGUGAGAAGUAAAAAUUCUGCCCUCAACUACAUUGCACUUUUGGUGCAAUGUAGCAUCCUGUAAAAGAUGCAAUAAAAACAAUCUCUGUGUCUGAUCCAAUCAUAUAUCCCCUGACAUGAAACGGAGUGAAUGGUUGCUAAAAUACUAGUAUUUUACACAAAUCUGUUGCUACUCCUUAAAGUAUGCUGACUUACAUUUACAGGAACAAGCAGCUUCAUACAGCACUCCACAAUUGCAGGCACCACUUUUGAAAGAAAGUGGUGCCUGCAAAAGAAAAUGUUAUUUACGGUGCCUUGUUAAUCCUUGUUCUGAUCUCUAUUAUUACUCUUACUGUAGAAAAGAACUUCAGAUAAGUUGUUCCUCUCUUACAGUCACUGCCUGCACUAUGAUGAUCAGCACACAUCUGUGCAUGAUGAGUUUUCCAUUUUUUUUUUUUUACAAAAGUGAGCACUUCCCUUCCUCGUUAUGGGAACAUGAAGUAAUGGAUUAAGUAAUCCAUUACUUUUAUUUUAUUUUGAACACUGAAAAAUAACUUUUAAUUAAAAAUAACCUUUAAUUUAAACCAACAUUUAAAUUCUUUUAUUUUGAACACUGAACAUCAAAAGGAACACAAACCUUUAAAGACUUAGGUAAAUAUUUAUUACACAGCAGCCAGAGAAUAUCAUAAUUUGAUAUUCUCUGGCUGCUUUCAGCCAUUUCAAUAUUUUGACAUACAAGCAUUAAAACAUUUUAGAUAUUUGGAUCAACUUACAAAAAGUAAAAAAUACCUACAAAAAUGUCACAUUUAUAUCUUUAAAGACUAUGCCACUAUUGUGGGAAUUUUAAAAUGGUUAUUUCUAAAUGCUUUUCCCUUUGAACAAAAUAAACACAAUUAAAUGACAUGUUUACCUGGGGUCCCAGUCAUUUGUUGGCCGACAAUACAAAUAUUGUCUGGGUCACUGUCUCGUCUGUUACUGUUGCACAGUAACAAUAAAUAAUGCAGCAUGUGCUGUGAUGACCAAAAGCUGAAUAAAGGUUUUUCAGAUAA